CUUUUUCUCUAGCCUUCAGAUUCUCCUGACAGAAGACGGCAUCCACGCCUCGUGGCCCUCAUGCUUCUGCCGCGGAGCAAAGAGCUUGGCGGCACCCAUUGAAGCUGAAGACGAUGACGAGAACCUGUUCGCAGUCGCACGAAGGAAUCCCAUGCCUGGUGACAGUACCCUGACGCCAUUGACGAAUUGAUUGUAGUGUAGGCGCUGCGAUAUUUACCUGUCCCCCGCGAAAGCACCACCACGGCCUACUGUGUGUAUCUCCAACACCCCGCGCAAGAAUAGCCUCAAGGGUUCUCAAUGCGUGCUAGCUACUAGUACCGCUAGGCCAGAACCUCCGCGGCGCCAUGUCGUUCCAGAUUUCAUAUCUCGAUGUCUUGAUCACAGUCGCCGUCGCCAUCAUCUUCAGCGCUACUGUCAUGGCAUCACCCCACCUCUGACCCCUCCGAGCAAUAGGAUAGUCCGCCUUGCCGGAGCCAUCAGAUGGUGCUGCCCAGAAAACGGGGGGUCACUCUCACGGGGGGUCACUCUCACGGGGGCACACUCUCUGCUCACGAGGUUCGAGCGAGCCCUGGCAAACCCGUUUUGGGGGUGUGGGAGAAGCUGCAUGUCUGCGGCAGACGACUGGUUCUGCAAGCACUUUGGGUAUCGAUGCCAUAUGGCCAUCGCUGCCCAACCUGUCGAGGCGGUCCUUCACAACCACUCGUUCGCCCAGUCCAAUCAUGAGAACAGCGUCUCUGCCGCCCACCCUUCAGCGGCCCUCUCCCCGGGUUCUCAGCAGUGCUGAGUCCUGUUCCCUUUUUUGCGCUCCCCAUGCCGUGAAAAUCGACCUAUCACUCGGCUCCGGCAAAGCCCCCGCUGGAACAUCGGCUGACAGAACCAGCCAGGCUGGACAAAGCUGGGGCGGCUUCCCAGGAAGAAGCCUGGGUCCGGCAAGCGUUCACUGAUUUGAUAUCAGAUGCUACGGUUUGCAUGCCCGAGACUGGCCGCUAUCCCCAGUUGAUAUCUUCCUCUUUUCAUACAGUCCUAUUUGGGAGGGUCCCUGGCUCCGUUCGACUGGUCCACAUCUCCACUCUAGCCUUCCUUUCGUUCGUUCCUGUGAACCGUUAGCAUCUGCUUUGCCGUUCCAGAAUGCAAGUACCGGGGCGGUCACAAGAGGUACCCUUCCGAAACGGACUGUGAGAGGGGCAGAGGGCAUCACCAUCAGUCAAUCGCAAGGCCGGUUGGUCUGGUGGGCUUCUUCCCUGGUUUGCGCCGUUGCGCUUCCCGCCAGGCAGGUUUCUUGUCCGACGCUCAGUCUGCCCUUUUCCUGGUUGCGUAUCCGGGAGUUUUCAGAGAGAGUACUUUGGACCCCCCGGCACGUUUGGGUGGUCCUUCAAAUCGGAUCUCUCUUCGCUACACUCCCCAGCCUCGAACACACACCCCCACAAUGCACCACCCCCCUCCCCUCCCUUCCCCCUCUCCGAAAAAAGUCUCCCCCCAUACACAUGCCCCCCUCUCCGCAACAUCCACUCUCAUGUACCACAGCCGUCUGCACUCCCAUCACUCUUCAAUUGGGCAAAGUCGGGUACGUACCCUGGGCUGCUCUGUUUCGGCGCUCGCAGAGAGUCGGGCCCUGAUCACCUUCAAGUACAUAACAUAGAGGGAAGGACAACCCACUUCAUCCCACUCUCCAUCCACAAUCCUCAUUGUCAUCAUUGAACAUUGUAUGCUCUCCUCGUCUUCACAGAAAGCAAGAUCGAGGAUCUCUACCAUCGUUUACACACCCACACCACCAACCAUCAUCGCCAGCAGACUGCCAGUCAAGGUCUGAUAACCCCUCCUUCCAGAAAAACGACAGUGUGACUUGGAUCCCAAAGAGAAUUGGUCCACACACUUCUUAAUAUCAACACCCAACACACAAAUCACAAAUCACACCUGUGGCCCAUCAUGGUCUCAGCAUUCCCAAUGGACAACUUCUACAGAGGACCGUUAUCAGUCGACACCAACCAUGCUCAAAAAUACUUUGAGGAGGAGGCUGACAGCAUACUCGACGACAACAUUCUUGACCAGAGCGGCAUUGACUCGGGCUUCGAGAACUCCCCUUCUAUGACGGAUAGCAGAAGGGAUUCUUUCGCAGUCGCCCCCUCGCUCUUCUCGCCAAAAACCGAGAGCUGGCAGCAAGUGGACAUGCAGGCCGUCCCGUCGAACAACCCCUUCUUUGACGCUCAGAGCAACAACCCCUUCCUGCAGAUGGACCGAGGCCAGCACGCCGUUUACGCGAACCAGACCUGGCCCAUGACCAGCUCUGGAUCCGCCACCCCUCAGAUGCAGACAUUCGACGGCCUCCCAGCGGAAUACGACUCGGCUCCCAUGAACAUGUUCCCCAAGCCCAGCCCUUUCCAGGUGCAAGCGACGCCCUUUGGCAACCCCGGACCUCAGCCCGCCAUGUUUCAGCAGCUCCCUCAGUCCAUGCCCACCUCCCCCCACAAGGACGUGUGGAUGACCCAGGAUGUCAAGAGCCAGGCCUUGAAGCGACCGCGGCCCGCCAGCCCCUUGAUCCGCUCUCACAACGACUUGCGGAGGGGUGAUGGCAUCCGGAAGAAGAACGCACGCUUCGACAUCCCCGCUGAGCGCAACUUGACCAACAUCGAUCAGUUGAUUGCCCAGUCCACCGAUGAGCAAGAGAUCAAGGAGCUCAAGCAGCAGAAACGACUCCUUCGCAACAGACAGGCUGCCCUCGAUUCCAGACAACGCAAGAAGCUUCACACUGAGCGUCUUGAGGAUGAGAAGAAGCAUUUCACCGAGGUGAUCUCCUCCCUGGAGGACACCAUCGCCGAUCUGCAGAGGGAGCUUGAGAAGCUCUCGAUGGAGAAGCAGGACUACCAGACCUAUGCCCACAACCUCGAGAGAGAGCGUGACGAGUUGAUCAGCAAGCACACGAUCGAAUCGGGCGAGCUGCGGAAGAAGAUCGGCGUCCUGACCAACCACGUGCAGUCCAUGGAGGGUGCCACCUCUAACGCACCGGGCUUCCCCGGCGCUUUUAACGAGAUGGACGGCAUCACCAUGGAUGGUUCCUGGGAGAACAUGCCCGUCUUUGGCGAGUUCCCCUUGGAGCAGACUGCCGAGGUCAAGCAAGAGAUGCAGCUCGUCUCCACCAAGAAGCCCGAGAUCGCUCUGCCGACCGACUCCGAGAAGCCCGCCCAGCCUGGCGGCCUCCUCUUCAUGCUCUUCCUCGUCGGCGCUUUCGUCCUCUCGAGCCGCUCGACCCCCAGCAUUCCCCGCGUGUCCGAGGAUGUCCGCGCCGCGUCCGCGACCCUCCUCGAGAACGUGCUCAAGGAUGCCGGCGUCAGCGGCCAGGCCCCCUCGGGGGUCGCUGCGAUGGCUCCUCAGCCAUCCGGCACCAGCUGGACCCAGGCCUCAGGCUCAUCGCUCCCGCUUGCCACGCCGAUGGUGGACAACGUCGCACCAUCGAUGCUCGGUGAGAUGGCCGAUGCCCUGACGCGGCCCACCGAACAGCAGACCAACGAGCAGAUCUUCUCGCUUACGGCUGCGCAAUAUAAUGACUUGACCUCGCAAGAUUUCCUCCCUAGUGCUGGUGCCGAAAGGACUACGAGCCAGGGCAGACGCAAUCUCGCCGAGGCUCUCGCCAACAUGCGCAAUGCCAAUAAGCAGUCGGCUGCCGAAGUCUACACUCGGUCGCUGCUCUGGGACCAGGUUCCAAGCGACGUCGUCCGAUCGUUUGCCAAGAUGAUUGCUGAGAGCAACUCUGCUCAAGCCUCCAGCGGCAACGACCGGUCAUAAGCUAUGGAACACCUUUGAUGACGACUACACGACACGAGAGACGAGGUUCACGGCCUACGAAUGACACUGCAUGAAACACACGACAUGCAUAGCGUUGGGCGCUUUCAGCAUUUUCGGUUUUUCUUUUCCUCAGGGAUGACUUUUUCUCAAACCCACCACACAUACAAUUCUUCCGCUCCCGCGACACACACACACACAUACACACACAAAACAGAUAUCUACCAGCUCACGCUCUCCGACAUUUGUUACUUCUUUGCGCUCUUGUGCGAACAGGAGUUGCCCGCCUUUUUUCUCCUUCUCUUUUGGACAUUUUCCCAGCCUGAUUUUCUGCGUUGUCCUUGUAUUUGGUCUUUUCGAUUGGCAAAAUUAGCAAGCGAGCAUUGGCUUUUUUGAUUUUUCUUGGACGCAUCUCCUCUACGAUUAAUGUUCUUUACUCUCCUACUAUUUCGGACACGGCUUCUCUUUUCAUAUGGUAUUUCCUAUGGCGCUUGGUAUUGGGUUGUUUCCAGCAGAGCUUUUUGCUGCGAGGUCGGCGGGCGGAACACGGCGAACAUUGGCGGAUUUGGAUUGAUUAUUUUGUUACGACAUCAUUCCUUCUCCUUUGUACACUGGAGGAUCGCCGUCGCGGGCCUGUCAGCGAUGCGGAGAAAUCUCUCGCAGACAGUCAGACUGGCAACACAAUUUACACAACAAAAUUGGGGUUGAGAAGGAAAACGGCGAGCAUUUGUCCUUGUCAACAUUGCGCGGGAAGCCCCUUGCGGGGAGGAAGAGCCCCGGCAACGCGGAGCCGUGCUGCGACCUGGACACCACAGUCACGACGACACCAUCUUCAUGAACGAUUUUUAUUUUCUUAUGUCUUCAACACCUUCACUCGCCAACUUUCACAAACAUGUUUUGGGCCUGCCCUCCCCGCGGUUGUCGUUCACACACCGCCGGACUUCGCAGCGCCCCCCGAGGAGGAAAAUGGGUCGGAACACAGCGGCAAGGGAUGGGAGUCAUAUCUGAGCGAGUCGCCGGUAACACGGCGAUGGCUCAACUGACUUUGCAUCCCUCGCAGGAGGGGGACUCCAAUUGGGUAGGAGUGACAGAAAAGGGCAGUCUUCUUUUUUUUAUGGUCGCAUCAAGAAGUACAGGCCCGACCCUGUUCACCAUCGCCCACAAGCAGUCACACCCUCCUUGCGAUGCCAGAAAACGGGGACUUGAUUUGACGGAUUUGGGUACAUAUUGUGGAUUUCGGUUUUUCUUUUCUUCUAUACAAUUUUUUUUUUCGUUUUUGGAUAUACUUUUCACGGCCACCAGACAUAUAUGGAAUUGAACAGUGAGAGGAGGAGGGGGGGG